AUGACAAACGACGAUUCAGCAAACUUGCAAACUCCUCUAAACGGAGCACCCAAGGACGUCUUGAACACUCCCGCAGCGGAUGUUUCCGCGGCUAACGCAUCUGCUAACGCCGCAUCGCUCGAUGAGUUCAAGAAGCUGCUUUCCGCCUACGAAAAGAGGUCGGAAGAGCAGAAUAAACUCGUGGAAACCCUGACCAAACAGGUUCAAACCUUAACAGCAAGGUCCCGCGCAAUCCUCCCUCGCGGAGCCACCAAACUCUGCGGCAGGAGACUCGAGUUUGCGACCCCACACGAUAGGCUUAGAACUUCGCUGGAACGUCCUUCCGGACAAAACCCUAGCGAAACAUCCCCUGUCGCAAAAGGCGACUCGGAAAAACCUCCGCCGUCCGAAAAGGACACUGAGGUGGAUGAAGUCGAGCGUAUCGACUUGGAGCUCAGCGAUGACUCCGACGAAGAUCCCGACGAGGAACUUGCCGAAAGGCAAACCGAGAUUACUCGCCGCGAACGCCGACAAGCUCGGAAAACCGCUGGAGAGGAUCCAGACAUACGCGAUCUCCGCGAUUACAUCACCAAGACCGCCGCGGAAGUAAGGGCCGUGAAAUCGCAGAUCCACCACGCCACGAGUGCUGCUCCAGAAAUCGAUAUGCUGCUCGAGGUGGCUCGCAAGACUCCCUUCACCGCGCGAAUCUCCGAGACCAAGGUAUCUAAUCCGGAAAAGCUCAAGAUACCGAUGUAUAACGGUACGACCGAUCCAAAGGCGCAUCUCCAGGCGUUCCAUAUCACUAUGGGAAGAGCUAGGCUCAGAGAAAGCGAGAAAGACGCUGGUUACUGUCGCCUGUUCGUCGAAAAUCUCGAAGGCGCGGCGCUCGAAUGGUUCUCCCGGUUGAAGCGAAACUCCAUCGGAACCUUUUGCCAACUCGCAUCGGAAUUCCUCCUCAAGUACUCUAUGUUGAUCGAUAGAGAAACUUCCGAUGUCGAUCUCUGGAGCUUAACCCAGGAAGAGGGCGAGUCCCUCCGAGAGUUCAUAAGCCGUUUCAAACUGAUCAUGGUGAAUGUCAGCGGAAUCAGCGACAAGGUCGCCAUCGACGCGCUUAGGAAGGCGCUUUGGUACAAGUCGAAGUUCAGAAAGUGGAUAACGCUUAAAAAACCUCGCACGAUUCAGGACGCCCUCCACAAAGCCUCGGAUUACAUAAUGAUCGAAGAAGAGACGAAAGUCCAGUCGCAAAAACAUAAGCCGGCAAGGAACGCUUCGAAAGACGUGGAUCCAAAAUCAAAGAAGAAAACCUCUCAGUUACGACAAAACGUAUACUGCGAGUUCCAUCAGACCGAAGGUCACUCCACGGCUAACUGCAAAGUCGUAGGGGCAAGGAUGGCCGCGAAGCUGCUUGCUGGAGAACUCUCUGGAGUAACCAGCAUCAAGGAUCUAAUCCUUGACUCCGACCAUCCGCCAAAAACCAAUAAGAAUCCUCCCGCGGAAAACUCGUCACCGAGAAAUCAGACGGGGGAAAAACGCGAAAGAAGACCGGACGUUAGGGGGAACGAUAACUCCCACAGGAGGGUGAACAUGAUCAUGGGAGGAUCCCAAUACUGCAAGGACUCGGUCUCGGCCAUCAAAGCUUACCAACGGAAAGCCGAGUCAACUGCGAAGUAUCCCCCACGGUCUCCUCCUCGAGACGGGCAGAACGCCUCGAUCACGUUCACGGAAGAAGAGGCUUGCGGAAUCGACCUGCCUCACUGCGACCCCUUGGUCAUUGAUCUCGUAAUAAGAGAUCUCGAAGUCGCAAGAAUACUCAUCGACACUGGAAGCACGGUAAACCUAAUCUUCCGCGAUACCCUAAGAAGGAUGGCCGUCGAGCUCGGAGAAGUCACUCCGGUACCAAAACCGCUCACGGGUUUCUCCGGACAAACGUCCAUAACCCUGGGAUCCAUUCAACUACCCGUCAUCGCAAAAAAACGUCACCAAGAUAGUUGA